CCAACUGACCACUGUAGAAGCGGUGACAAUGGGGUUUUGGGAUCAAAGAACUGAAGGGAUUCUCAGAUCCUUUGCGAUCAUUGGCUUGGUUUUAACUGUUCUUUUGUUGGGUUUUGAUAAGCAAACUACCCAAAUCUUUCAUAUUGACAAGAAGGCCUCUUUCAGAAGUUUGCAUGCUUUUGUAGUGAUUAUGUAUGUGGACUCCCUAGCAGCUGCCUACAACAUUCUUCAAAUUUGCAAAUGUUGGAUUUCAGCUCAGCCAAAAGGAACAUCCAAAUUAGGGAGUGGUUCUCAUAUAUGCCUAUUUUGGGCUUCUUUCUUGCUUGACCAGGCAGUGGCGUACCUCGUAUUUGCCGCAAACACGGCGGGGAUGGAGGCGGCGCUUCUGGCGGUGACCGGCGCACAUGACUUUCAAUGGAUGAAGCUCUGCAACAGAUUCGAGAGAUUCUGCUACCAAGUCGGCGGAGCUUUUCUUUGUGGCUAUGGAGCUUUUUUUGCAAUGUGUGCCAUUUGCGUUAUCUCUUCUUUCAACUUGUUUAGGCAUUAUUCACCAAACCUUUUCUUUCGACUAAAAUCCAACGAGUGAAUUGUUCGAUAUCGACUUCGAGACCUUGUAACUUUAUCAAGUCUAUCAAUUGUAUUCAUAUCUGUAUGUCGAAGACAUUUGGAUCGAUACACACUAUCUUUAUUAAAACGAGAUAUUUUGAACA